UGGCACGGCUGCGGGGAAACACCUGAGUGAUGACACCGCGACUGUGUCGUAAUAUUGUUAUUGUAUAUAAAUAUAUUAUGUACAUAUGUACAAAAAAUGUUUACAGAAAUAGUACCCUUAUCAACGUCGCGACAACAUUAACAAGCUAUACUAGUUUCCUAGAAAGAUUAUCGGUUAUUUCCAUCUUAAAUGGUAUAGCCACUAUUUUUGCUAUUGAGCAGAGUUAGUUGCUAGAGUAGCUUUAUGCCAGUUUUUUAUUUUUGUGAUCAAAGACAUGUUUUCUCAGAAAAAUAAAAAAGGACAAAGUUCGUUGCUGUCUUACUUUAGCUCAGACCCUGCGAGUAAGAAGAAACGGUUAGAAGAUGAACCAUUUGAUGGAGUUGCUUUGGAACAUCAACCAGAAGUAGAAGAUGUAUUAGGCUUAUCAGUCGCUCUCUCAACCACAACUUCUAAGGGUAAUUCUCCUUCAAAUGAAAUACAGAGGCUCAGGUCUUCCUCCAGUACAACUCACCAAUUAAUAAUUGGUCCAAUUAAUAAACGAGAUCCUACUCAUGGACCAGGUACGGCCAAGACAUAUUUUAAGGAAGGUUCAUUUCAACCACAGGAUUUAAAUUUCCCUCAAGUGGACGGUAGGAAAUUUAGGCCAGAGUGGUAUAAAAUAUUUUCUUGGCUGGAAUACAGUAUUUUAACAGAUAAAGCGUUCUGUUUUGUCUGCCGUUUGUUUUACAACUCUGAAGAAAAUAAUGCAGAAGAUGUAUUUACCCUCACUGGAUUUUCCAAAUGGAAGAAAGCUGUAAACGCGUUUAAGAAACACGAGAAUAGCAGCUCACAUAGAAUUAGUAACAUUAAACUCAAUUCUCUAAAAGAAGCAGACAAAAGUGGCACUGUUAUAGAAAAAGUACAUUAGCAGUAUUCAGAAGAAGUAAAAGAAAACAGAUUGUACCUAGAAGCUUUGUGUGAAUCGCUGAUAUUUUGUGGUAGGCAAUCUAUUGCUUUGCGAGGUCAUGACGAAUCUACAGAUUCGAAGAAUAGAGGAAACUUUUUGGAGCUUAUGAAGCUUCGUUCUAUAGAUAACUGUGUAAUAAAAAAAUUCUUCAUGAAUAAUCAAAAAAAAUUUCAGUAUACCUCACCGACUUUCCAGAAUGAGCUAUUGUCAAUUAUUGGGGAACAAAUUAAAAUGCACAUUGCCAAAGAAGUUAAAGAGGCAAAGAUUUUUGCCAUUAUAGCAGAUGAGACUCAAAACAUAGCAAAACACGAACAAGUAGCUAUUGUCUUAAGGUAUGUUAAUGACAAGUUAGAAAUUCAUGAGUCAUUUGUAGGAUUUUACCGUACUAAAAGAGCUGACGGCGUUUCACUGGCCAAUGAACUGAAGAAUGUUUUGAUUUCGCUGGACUUGAACCUAAAAUACCUACGUGCUCAGUGCUAUGAUGGCGCCUCAAACAUGAGAGGCCCAUAUAAAGGAGUGGCAGCUAUAAUUAUGCAAGAAGCUCCAAUGGCAAUGUACAUUCACUGCAACGCGCAUAUAUUGAACUUGUGCAUUGUAAGCUGUUGCACUCGUAUUACUUCAAUAUGAAACACGUUCUUUGUACUUCAAAGUCUUUAUAACUUCAUUGCGAAAUCAACUAAACGACAUGCUGUUUUUGAAGAAAUUCAAAAAACUUUUCAAAGCCAUGAUGGUGGAACAGUAACAUUAAAAUCUUUAAGUGACACUCGAUGGGCUUGUCGUGUCGAAGCCGUACGCUCUCUACUAGAUAAUUUUGAUGCCACUCUUGCAACUUUACGGGAGAUUUCCGAAAAAGACAAUGAUAGUGGUGGACAAGCCAAUGCGUUAUUGAAAAAUAUUGAGGACUUUAACUUUGUAUUUGACCUUUUAUUGCUCAAAAGAGUUCUAUCCCAAUGUGAUGUACUGUCAAAAACACUUCAGUCAAGUAGUGUGACUUAUGAAAUUGUGAAAUCUGUAAAAAACAGCACUCUUGAUGUAUUAAAAUCCUUCAGAACACAUGAAUUUUUCACAAAGUUGUUUGAUCACUGCACAGACAUCACUGACAAGUGCGGGUUUAAAACCGCCCAACUGCCAAGAAAUAGCCGAAUUCCACUAAAAAUUGGUGGAGGAAGUAAAACCCCAUUUGAAUCUGUAGAGCAGUACUACAAAGUAUCAAUCCUUUGGCCAGUUAUUGAUAUCCUAAUCGAGGAGAUAGAGGCUAGACUUCAAGAAAACAACCUAGAUGUACUUAACCACUUAAGUGGAGUUCUAGGUGGAACCGAUGUAGACACAGCCUCUGUGCAAUAUGUGUCUAAAUAUUA